AUGUCGCCGUCCCCUGUUGCAACGACCGCCUAUAUCGCCCUGCACGAUCUGAAGCCCGGCCACAGCGAUACCAUCAACUGUCUUCGCUUCUCUCCGGGUGGUGAUUUGUUGGCCAGUGGGGGAGACGAUUGCGCUCUCAUGCUCUGGAGUGUGGACGAUGGGCGUAUGCUCUUCAGAGUAUUGUUCAAGAGCAACGUGUCCGCUUUGGUAUGGCAUCCCAUCUAUCCCGACACGCUCAUUGUUGGUUGCGACGACGGAAGGGUGUUUUCGGUUCAUGAGUUUUCCUUGGCCAACAGUGUACAGCGCGACAUACAACUCAGUGUGCGCAGUAAUGUUCACAGUAUGGCAUAUGAUCAAAGCAGUCGAUAUCUCGCUCUUUCCCUCGGAAGGGAGGUGCAUCUCACCAGAGAGGAGCAGCGAGAUGAGUAUGCCAUGUCGAUCAAGAUGCCGGCCCCUGCGGGCGCUCCCGAGGAGGACCAGGGCGAACGUCGUCUACGGGCGAUGAGCCUUCACUUCCGAGCCAAAGGAAAAGAGUUGAUUGUGUCGUACUUGUUCGAUGGCGUUAUCUGCUUCGAUACCACCUCUCACGCAGUUCUAUGGAAGAUCGACCCUUCCCCGCAGACACUGAACAUAGGGUCGUCCGCCCUCAGCCCGCUUGGAAACAAUCUGGCCCUGCACAACAUCUUCACCGGAGUGAACGUCUAUUAUACCGGGGCGGGGGACGACAGGGUCCUCCUGAAGCGCUACAAUCACAACAAGACGCCGCAGAGUCGCUCCCGGGUUCAAGUAGCGUACGCCAUGAACGGGCAGAGGCUUGUUUGUGGCACUACGACUGGCGACGUUUGUGUGUGGAUGGUAGAAAGCGGGCAAAUAUUCCAGGAGCUCAUGCACGAUGGUGAGAUUUCGUUGCCGUGUUACACGAUAAGUCGUGGCAAUCAUCUCUACAUUGCUGCAGGGAGUGCACGCCUUGGUCAGGACACCUACAUCAGGUUGUGGAGAGCGUCUGUGACUGGUACGUGCGUUCCCUUCCCUACCUUGCCAUGCAUGUUAUUGAUUUUCCUCCAAGACGCCAAGCCGGCGGAGGCAUUCGAAAUCAUCACGCCGGUCGGAGAACUCGUCGAGAGCGUCAACGUACGUGCGAUCUGUUGGGAUGUAGAACCGCUCACGCACGCUUCUCAUAGAAUAUCAGAGCGCAGCUGCGGCUGUACGUCUUGCUUGUAUGUGCCGUGGCGCGCGUUCGUUUCCUACAGGUCAUGGCUUUCGUAA